UUUUUUUUCUUAUAGACUCCUUUUUAGAAAUACAUAUCCAAUGUGGACAAGAACACUUCUUUUGUCUGCUACAUCUAUUUUUUGUAUAGUCAUGAGCUGGCAUUAUUUUAGCUCAAAUCCACAUGUCACAUUGAUAAAUCUUACUGCGAGCCAAUUCGGCAUGCCUAUGAUACCAUAUUCUUCUUGGCACAUUGGACAACAGCAUCAUGUUACUAAAAAGAAAAGAAAGCUGCAUGGCUACUUUCUUCACAUUACUGAUAUGCAUAUUGAUGAAGAUUAUACCCAAGGCACUACUGUGGACUCAGCUUGCCAUGAACUACCCAAGGCAUUGGCCCAAAAGAAGAAAUCAAGACCACCAUCGAUUCUUGCAGACAAGUAUGGUACUGUUGGUGAACAGUGUGAUGCGCCCGUUAUUUUAGCACAAGAAACGCUUGACUGGAUUUCAAAAAACUGGAACGACAAACUCGAUUUUGUUAUUUGGACUGGCGACAAUGCAAAGCAUGAUUGGGACAAGAAGCAAAAACGCAAAAGACGGGAUGUUUACGCCCUUAAUCAACAUGUAACUGACAUGGUUCUAGACACCUUUUGGAAUGAUAAAAUACCUGUUAUUCCUAGCUUUGGUAAUAAUGAUGUGUUCCCUCAUAACCAAAUUGGUGGUCCUGACGUAGAUGGUGACCUCCUCUUAUUUUAUGAACGAUUGUGGCGUCCAUGGAUGCCUGCUGAUCAACGUGCACUGUUUCGACAAGGUGGUUACUUUAUAGUUGAGGUAGCACCAGGUAUACAUGCUAUGACACUCAAUUCGAUGUAUUUUUAUACCAAAAACGAGGCUGUGCGUAAUUGUUUACACCCUUCCAGUCCCGCAGCGCAACAAAUGCAAUGGUUUGAGCAACAGUUAAAAAAGGCACGCAAGAGCAAGCAAAAAAUAUAUGUGAUUGGUCAUGUCCCUCCCUCUCCUCGUGAUUAUAAGGGCACUUGUUUGUCAGAGUACUUGCGUAUUGCAACAGAAUACACUGAUGUGGUAAUGGGACACUUUUUUGCUCACAUGAAUAUCGAUCAUUUCUUACUGUUUGAUGGAAGAGAACCUACAAAUACAAAGUUAGUAGACAACUUGACUAUUACUCAGGAAGAUGACCAUGCAUUUCAUACAACUCGCAACAUUGAAGCUUACAUAAACUGGCUGCGUAACAUGUACAAAGACAUCGAGCCUCCUCAUGAUGACAAGCGUGGUUUUCCCGGAAAGUCUCAUUCUCCUCUGGUUGUAGUCCAGGUUUCACCUUCUGUUUUACCAGUCUAUAACCCAUCUAUUCGUAUUUAUCAAUAUCAGCUGAAUGAGAAUGACAGUCAUAAACUUAAGCCUCAUGGAACACUUUUAGGCUAUCAACAAUACUUUGCAAACCUCACUAAAUGGAAUGUGCCUAAUACAAAAGGUCCCCUAGAGUAUGAACUUGAAUAUUCCACUCAAGAAACGUAUCAUAUGGAGGAUCUCUCUGCUGAAUCGUAUUUCCAAUUGGCAAAAGCUAUGGUUGAACCAUCAAAAGAAGGAAAUCAACUGUGGAAUAUGUACUGCAGUCAUAUGCUUGUGAAAACACAGACCUUUUAAUCAACUAUUGAUCUAUAUAUAAAUGUUUAUGUGUAUAAAAAGAAACAGUUUGCAAUAUGAAUAUGUAUAUAUAUAUAUAUAUAUAACAAUAAAGAGAUAUUUAAAUAUGUGUCUUGCUCAAUUGUUCAGCCAAUUCAUCUUCCUCCUUCUUGUCUAACUU